AUGGAGGCAGCACAACGUGAAUUAGAUAAUUUGAAAGGAAUGGUUGGCGAUUUAGCUAGCAAGAUUGAGCAACUUGAGAAAUCAACAAAGUCCACUCUCCCUUCAGGCAGAACACCUUCUCAAGAGUUGCGUAUGAUUCUUAUUGGUCCUCCUGGUGCAGGUAAAGGCACUCAGGCACCAAACAUCGUCAACAAGUACAACGUUUGUCAUUUGGCUACUGGUGAUAUGCUUCGUUCUGAAGUUGGCAAGAAGUCGGACUUAGGCGUCGAGGCAAAAAAGAUCAUGGACGCAGGUGGACUCGUCAGUGAUGAAAUUGUCGUUGGUAUGAUUAAGAAUCAACUUGAGACUAAUGAAAAGUGUAAACUUGGAUUCAUCCUCGAUGGAUUCCCUCGUACAGUCACUCAAGCUGAGAAGCUGGAUGGAAUGUUGGAGAGUAAGAAGCAAACAAUUGAUCAUGCUGUGGAGUUAAGAAUCGCUGAUCAGUUGCUUAUUUCACGUAUCACUGGAAGAUUGAUUCAUCCAGCUUCUGGUAGAUCUUACCACAAAGAAUUCAAUCCACCAAAGAAGUCAAUGACGGAUGAUGCAACAGGUGAACCACUCAUUCAACGCUCAGAUGAUAAUGUCGAAGCUCUUAGAAAGAGAUUGAACACUUAUCACCAACAAACUUCACCUGUGGUUGAUUAUUAUAGAAACCAAAACAAGCAUCGCCCAAUCGAUGCAUCUCAAUCACCAAAACUUGUUUGGGAGAAUUUGAGUGCAAUUUUUGCAACAAACAAAUAA